AUGCCCAGCAUGUGGCUCACGGAUAUGCAGAAGGUUGGUGUCGCAUUCUGCUCGGGAGGUGGAUUGUUCUUGUUCGGAGGUGUCCUCAUGUUCUUUGAUCGCUCUAUGCUAGCGAUGGGAAAUAUCCUCUUCCUGAUCGGCCUCACCCUCAUCAUCGGAAUCCAAAAGACGUUUGUCUUCUUCGCCCGACGUCAAAAACUCAAAGGCACCGCUGCGUUCAUGGCAGGCAUACUUCUCAUACUGAUUCGGUGGCCACUGACUGGAUUCCUGGUUGAACUCUACGGCAUCUUCGUCCUCUUUGGCGACUUCUUUGCGACCAUCGCAUCGUUUGCCGGCAAUAUCCCCAUUGUGGGCCCAUACAUCCAGAUGGUAUUGCAGAAGAUCUCGAGCGGGCGGCGGAAUGCAGAAUUGCCAGUAUGA